CCACCCGCGCCACGGCCACCCCUGGUGGUCCUGGGGGCCGGAGAGGCACUCGGGGGCCAGAAGGCAGAGUCUCCCUUCUGGAGCCUGGACGGGGCGGACCCUUUCGUUCCUCUCCAUCCUCUCCCUUCAUUUCAUUUUUCCUCCUCUUCUCCCUCCAGCCCCCUUUCUUCGGGCUUCCUCCCCGCCUCCCCGGCGUGGAAAUCCGGCUGGGCGCCAGGUGGAGAGAAACAGGCUCCGUCUUUCAUCUCUCUCCCCCCACCCUCGACCCCCUUUCCCCAGCAGCGCCCUCCCUCCGGCCAGAGGCAGCCAGCAGGAUGGGCGAGCCCCAGGAGGGACCUGGGGGGCUGCGGGGCUUCUCCCUCGACAAGGACUUCCUGCGCUCCCCCAAGGGGGUGGUGAUGGAGGCAGAGCUGGGCCUCUGCUUCCUGGUCUUCCUGCUGCUCACAGCUUCCAUUUCUGCCUACAUGGGUGCAGCCCUCCUGGAAGUGCUGGUGACACUGGCGUUCUUGGGACUGCGGGCGACGCACUACUACGAGCGCUUGACUCGCGUCAACUGGCCCUGCCUGGAUUUCCUUCGCUGCAUCAGCGCCGCAAUAGUCUUCACGGUAGUGGCCUUUGCCGUCAUUGCUGCCAGCCACGAGGGAUCUGCCGUGUCUGCCUUUGUCUUCAGCUUGAUUCUCAUUGCUGUCUUCUGUUUCGACGCCUACAAAACAUACAGGGCAGAAAUGGGGGCGGACCAGGACCCAGAUCUGGGCUGAGGGUCCCUGCGAUCAACACACAGCUGCUGCUGCUGCCCUACAUCCCUCGCUCCCCUGCCCCACAGCCUUUCUGCAGCUUCCUUGAACCCUUCUUCCUCGCUCUGAAGACGAUGCUUCUAUCUUCUUCCCCAGGGACCAGUGGGGUGCUGCUCACUGCUUCUGUGGGAGCAAAGGCCCACCCCACAACAGACCCACUUUGCUGAAUCCCACCCCCCAUCAAACUGGAACGUGGAUCCUUGGUGGCUGAGCUCCUGGGUGUUCCCCCCCCUUCCCUUUUGUAUUUAACUUGAUGAGGAGACGAAAUUAAAAGGUGCUUUUAAUAUGGUA